AGCAGCAGGACUCCAGGCACUCACUUCCCCAGCUGCUGACGUCAGCUGGCAGCCUGGGCUGUGUUCGCCGCUCCGGACAUAGCGCCGAGAAAAAUGCUGCUCUCCGUACCGCCAAGGGCAGGAAUCAACCCAUACAACGGCUAUAACAGCAGAAACAGCAAAAAGCAGGCCUAUGUGUCCUCCGGCCACCAAAUGGCGCCCCCCAGUCCAAACACCAACAGUAGUAGCAACAGCAGUGGGGGAGGGGAACAGCUGAGUAAAACUAACCUGUACAUCCGCGGCCUCCAUCCGGGGACCACAGACCAAGACCUGGUCAAGCUCUGCCAACCGUAUGGCAAGAUUGUUUCGACCAAGGCCAUCUUGGAUAAAACCACCAACAAAUGUAAAGGCUAUGGCUUUGUGGACUUUGACAGCCCAGCAGCAGCACAGAAAGCAGUUACAGCUCUGAAGUCCAGUGGGGUCCAGGCUCAGAUGGCCAAACAACAAGAGCAGGACCCCACCAACCUCUACAUCUCCAACCUACCACUGUCUAUGGAUGAGCAAGAGCUGGAGAGCAUGCUCAAGUCAUUUGGCCAGGUCAUUUCCACACGCAUCCUCCGAGAUGCUAACGGGACAAGCCGCGGUGUGGGAUUUGCCAGAAUGGAAUCCACGGAGAAGUGUGAGGCCAUAAUUCAGCAUUUCAAUGGCAAAUUCAUCAAGACUCCACCAGGAGUGCCUGUGCCCACUGAGCCCUUAUUAUGUAAGUUUGCAGACGGAGGUCAGAAGAAGAGGCAGAACCAGGGGAAGUACCUCCAUAAUGGAAGGCCCUGGGGUAGAGAUGGAGAUACGGGAGGAAUGACGCUUGCGUAUGACCCCACGGCCUUACAAAAUGGCUUUUACUCCUCACCCUACAGUCUGGCUCCAAACCGAAUGAUCGCCCAGACUUCCCUCUCACCCUACAUGCAUUCUCCUGUCUCAUCCUACCAGGUACACAACCCGUCCUGGAUGCACCAUCAGUCAUACCUCAUGCAGCCAGCUGGUACAGUUCUUACCCCAACAAUGGAUCAUGCCAUGUCCAUCCAGCCCACGUCCAUGAUGGGACCUCUCGCCCAGCAGCUAAGCCACAUGUCCCUGGGCAGCACGGGCACAUAUAUUCCGGCCAACACAACUAUGCAGGGGACCUACAUCCCCCAGUACACCCCAGUGCCUCCCUCCAGUGUCCCAGUAGAGGAGAAUGGUGGUCAACAGCAACAGGUUGCCAUGGAGUCUCCCGCAGAGCACACAAACUACUCGUACCAACACACCAAGUGAAGCUAAGCUCCCAGCAGGGUGGGGCUGAGAGCACACGAUGAAUCCAACCAAACAGGAUUCAGCUGGAAGAGAACUGUGCUCCAUACCAUCACCAAGCACCCAGACUUGAACACGGAUAAUAAAAGGAACGUGUGUGUGUGUGUUUGUUUGUUUGUUUGUCCGUGUGUGUGUGUGUGUGUGUGUGUGUGUGUGUGUGUGUUGUGUGUGUGUCUUUAUUUUUUUUUUUUUUAAGAAAAAGGACAACAAUUACGUUAUUGGACUUUCCUGCUCACAUCCUUAAGAGUUGAUCAACCAAAGGUGGGAAUCUUCUUCACAGAAGCUUUAAUCUAUUUUGAUAACUGAAAAAAGGAACAUAACAAGAAGUUUAAAAGGAAACUAAGAAAAAAAAAACUUAAGAGAGGAGGAAAAGACACAGAGCAUUAUUUUUGUGCACGUAAUAUAAAAAAAUCUUAUUUUUAAAAGAAAAACGCAUUCUGUACGUUUCAGGGUGAUUCAAGGAAAAGUUGAAACACAAUGUGUCUUUUUAUUUUUUUGUAAAAUAUGCAAACUUUUAUUUUUAUUUCCUGAUGUUUGUUGUUUGACGUUCUAUUUGCAGCAGCGGGGGCAACAAUUUGUACAGAUUUAAAAACGUUGUGUCGAGUCAUUGUAACCGUGGGGAGGCAAACCGUUUAAAGCUACUUCUUCCUGUAACUGCUGCAGAGAUUUCUAUUCAUGCACAGACGAUAAUAACAUUGUUUAUAGUUAAGUCUAAUUCUUUCUUCUUUUUUUUAAAUUAACAUUCUUCCAUAAGUGAACAAAAGACAAUCAAUUAUUUUUAUUUAUAUUUGAAUUAUAGUUCUAUUUUUUUAGACUUUUUAGAUCAUUGAAACAUACAUUUAUAGAAAAGAAGUUAUUUAAUACUGUAGUCUAUCAAGACAUGAAACUGACCUUAGCCGACGCAUUAAUGAUAAGCUCUAAUAUUUGGAAAAUUCUUCUGUCGUAGUUUGGAUUCAGUUCAAGUCCCGUAUGCACCAUCACAAAUGGCACCUGUUCAUACUACUAGUCGCCCUGUUUUGUUAUAUUGUAACUCCAUGUUACACCCAUGUCCAUGAGAAGUGGUUUUAAGCGGUUUUGCUGUGGCAAACCUUCAGGUAUCAUUAAAUUCAUCCUCUGUCGAAGGGAUGAAGUGAAACGUGCUUUAGAUCUGAGCAGUUAAAUUACUUACUGAAAGAUUAUGUGUACAAAGAGCAAUGCAGUUACUAAAUUAAGAUAUAGUUUAUCAAACGCAAUGAGGGAAAUCAAAUAGAGGACUAACACGAUCCCUGAGAAUAAUUAGUAUGAAAGGAAAGGGAGCUGUAAGAAAGUUAAAUGUUUCUGUUUUUCUUUUGUUUGUCACUUGAAAACCUUUUUGAGCUAACUUGCCCUAUUUUUGAUGAAUUUAUCUUUGAAGUAGAAUUUAGCUGUAGGUUUUACCUUUUUUUUUUUUUUUUACAGAGAGUAGAUGUUAGAUUUUUCUCUGCGUAUGGAUUGAUGCUGUUUUCUUGUGCUUGUUUUCACACAAAUUUCUGCUCCAAACCUUGUGUCGUCUGUCCUCAUAUUGCAUCGGGCCUGUUUUUAGAAAGCCUUUAGUAGCGGAGAGUUGAACCAAACAAAGACUUCAUUUAGUGCUGAUCCAAAAGAUUUUUACUGAUGCUGCAUCAGUGUUGCAGCUCAGAGGAUUCUUGAACACAAGCCCUUUUCAGAGUAGAGCUCAUGUCACCACAUACGGUGCAUUCCAAUAUGUUGAACUUUAAUUUAUGCAGACAUCAAAAACUGUAGAUAUGUAGAUAAUAGAAAUAAUGGUUUCACAAAGGACUGCUCACUAGACCAUGGAAGUGCCAUUAAAGAUGAUUAUAACAGCCUUUAGUGAGGCAGCAAGUCUGAAUGAAUUUAGGAGUGAUCCAAAAUUCAGCAAAAACACUUUUUAGCUAAGCCUUAAUGUUUUUUCUCUGAAUGAACUGCCUCUCUGAUCUCUCAUAGGAUUGACACUAAGUUGUAUAUACUACGGAAAUGGCAACAGGCUUGUUUGAAUGCCAUCGAGUUAGUCACCACAUCAGUGGAGUUAGCUGGGUUACGGGGAGCUUUUCUUCCCGAUCUUCAACCAUCCGUGUAAAAACGUCUUUCUUAAGGCUCAAGGUUUGAUGAUUGGGUUUCUAACUCUUUAAAUUUUUUUUUCUUCACAUGAACACUUUUUGCCGUGUGUUUCUGUUGUUUUAUUUCCACAACCAAAGAUGUUGCAGCCACCCAUCUUUUAUCUCUCUGUCACAGAGCUCUCAUUCAUAGACGAUCAUGCGUUGCGUGUAGCUGGAUAAAAUGCCCUUUUUCUGCUUCUGACAGAUUAAGAAAAAUUUAAAAGAUUGCAGUAAGGGUGAAUAUUCCACAUUAUGACCCCAGUUAAAGGCUUUGUGAGAACUUACAUGUAAAUGAUCUGGUUUUGUUGACGUGUGUUAGUUAAGCUGAGUUUCCCUCAGUGUACGUAUUGAAGUGUUGGUGCAUAUUUAAACAGACUCAUUAUGAACUUCAUUGGCCGCAGCAGACACCCAGGAGAAAUCCGGAGCUUUUCUGAGGGGGGAGAGUUUGUUUUUUUUCGACACGAGAGCUAAUUUUGUAAAUAGUCUUUUUUUCCACUUACUCUGUACACCAUUUUGUUUGUUUCUUCUUGUGUGUGUUUUUUGUUGUUGAUUUUUUAAUUGAUUUAUAACCUGUCCAGAUAACACAGUGACUAGCAAGUUUGUCAGAUUCAGUGCACCAUGAAGGAAAAUGUCAUGGAUAUUGUUUAUAUGUUCAGAUAAAUGAUAUUCCAUGUAUUAGCCAUCACUUUUAAUACAAAAACAGGAUUUUGAAACUAUGAAAUGACCACUUGUUACAAUACAGUGUUUAUUUUUUAUUUUUUUUUAUUUUAUUUUUCACAAACAGUGUCAGUAGAGAUAAUAUUACAGGAAGUGAUUAUUCUCCAAAAUGAUUGUGCACCAUUACAAUAAUAGAAACUUAAGUUACAUUUAAGCUGUGGGAAUACACACAACAGUGUGCUCUAUAGACAGUACACAUUUGAAGAAGAAAAAAUCUCCUUGCACCUAUUGUUUUGAGUCCACACCAAUUUGAAAAUGCUCUUUUCGUCCAUCCUAAUGCAGAUUAGAUGGCUUAUUUCAUAGCUUCAAAAUGUUUUGCUGCUAAAACAGGAUUUCCAAACAGGAUGUUAGAUGUUGCCCAGUCUGGAUUUUCAAAAUGUCCCCUUUUAAUUUGGUUGAUACAGAGUAUCCCUCAUUUGUUCAGUUUUAGUAACUGCAUGAUACUAAUAAACAGAAAUUAUUUUUGCUAUUGUUUUAUUAAUGUGCAGUUCAAAUAGUUAUAUUUUACAUGAUUAAAACUCAGAAAUGUUGUCUUAAAGCGACAUUUUUGAACAUAAAAUAAUAAAACUUGUUGCUCUACACUGUAUGAACCAAGUUUGUGUGAAUCCCAUUUUGAAAAUCUGAUGGGCUCAUCUCACUCUCUGCUUGUGAACAGUUUUCUUAUUUAUACAAGAACUCAUUUUGUACAGUUUUGUUAAGAGGAAAUAGGUUUUGAUAUUUGGUUAUUUUGCAAAGCCACUUGGCUACUUUUGUCUUCCUGUGCCACAGUUGCUAAAUUGUCUGUAACUUGUGUUUUUUUAUUGAUUGAGAUAAGGUUUUCCUUCUUUCUUGGUUUUCUCUUUGAAUUUUAAUAUGUCAAUUUUUCUUUUCUUUUUUAAUAAAAGCCUUGUUUCAA